AUGACCAACAUUUCCAAUGUCGGGCCAUCAAAACACUUUGUAUAUUUACCGACAAUCGCGACUCCCAAUACAAAACGGGCAUUGAGUGCUGAUCCUGUGGAUAUACUUCUCGGUGAACAUUCACAACCUCAUCAGCGUAAGCGUGAAUGCCUUGAUCACUUGACGCACGAGCAGAAGUUGAAUCGAAGGAAAAUGAAGAACAGGAUUGCUGCACAGACCGCUAGAGAUAGGAAAAAGUUCCGAAGCCAACGUCUGGAAGACGUGGUUCGUGAACUUUUGGAGCAAAACGAGUCGUUGAAGCAGGAGAAUGAGCUACUUCGAAUCGCGAACGAUGAUUUAAGCAAGCAGAAUAGAAGUCUCAUGGCUAGAAUCAGUUCUCCGACCGAUGACGUUACGUGCCGGAUAGAGUCGGAGCAACCAGUGAUUUACGAGGAAGUGCCCUACGAGAUGUUGGAGAAUAGCGGGAAAGCCGUUGAAUCAGCCGCAUUCAUUAGUGGACCCCUGCCGAGGGUACAGGUGAUCCCACUAUAUCUCCUACUACAUCUUGCAGUCAGUGUCCUGUCGGCGGUCUGCUCCAGUCAGACGAACUCGAGAAAAUACUCAGCGAUUUCUCCGAUGAGGUACGAACGAAUGGGCUAG